GUGAAGAGCGAGAGAUUGCUCCAGUUUGCUGCUCAAUUCAAUCGGAGUCUCAAUAGCAUUAACACUGCAGGGGAGGAACUCUCUGCCAAAUUCAGGAUACUAAACAGACUCGGGACACGCUAAAUCCGCCAGAUCCCUGACUAGCAUCACAGCCCUAAACCGAUUCCCUUUACCAGAAUCGACUCGAGGAAUCCGUGAGACAGGAAAAGGACAACUUUAUUUCGUUUUAAUUCCGGAGAGGCAUUAAUCUGAGUUCAUAUAUACAUAAUUUUUCUUAUUCCAAUUUCAGUUUUUCGCUUUUUCCACGGUGACAGGUUUUUGUUUUAGAAGAUUUUAAUUAACUUACAUAUCCUGAACAAUCAUUAAGAAUGGGGAGUUUUCCAGCAUCUGUCGUCUUAUUGCUGGCACUCACACUCAGUGCAAGGACCCAGAAGUUUCCCACUAGGGAUGAAGAACUCUUCCAGAUGCAGAUUCGAGACAAAUCGCUUUUUCAUGACUCAUCUGUGAUCCCAGAUGGAGCUGAGAUCAGUGGUUACCUGUUCCGUGACACACCCAAAAGGUAUUAUUUUGUCGUGGAAGAAGACAAUACCCCAUUGUCAGUAACAGUGACACCAUGUGAUGCUCCUCUUGAAUGGAAACUAAGCCUCCAAGAACUUCCUGAAGAGUCCAGCAGUGAUGGCUCAGGUGCACCAGAACCACUGGACCAACAAAAGCAACAGAUUAUCAGUGAAGAAGGCACUGAGCUUUUCUCAUAUAAAGGCAAUGAUGUUGAGUCUUAUGUAGCUUCCAGUUCCCCUUCCGGCUUGUAUCAGUUAGAGCUCAUCUCAACAGAGAAGGACACAAAUUUUAAAGUUUAUGCCACCACGACUCCGGAAUCAGACCAGCCUUAUCCUGAGCUGCCCUAUGACCCACGAGUGGACGUCACCUCCCUGGGGCGCACCACUGUCACCUUGGCAUGGAAACCUACGCCUACUGGCUCUCUAAUGAGGCAGCCUAUCCAGUACUGUGUGGUUAUUAAUAAAGAGCACAACUUUAAGAGUCUGUGUGCUGUGGAGGCCAAAAGUAAUGCUGAUGAUGCAUUUAUGAUGGCGCCCAAACCUGGACUGGACUUCAGCCCUUUUGAUUUCUCUCACUUUGGGUUUGCAUCUGAGAAUGACUCUGGCAAGGAUCGGUCGUUAGUGGUAAAAUCGGUGGCUACGAAGAUGUCUCGUUCGUACUUGGCUAAGCAGAAAGUGGAUCUCCAGAAGGUUUGCAUAGGGAAUAAGAAUAUCUUCACUGUGUCUGACCUGAAGCCAGACACCCAGUACUAUUUUGAUGUGUUUGCAGUGAGCACUGUUACAAACAUGAGUACAGCGUAUGUUGGUACUUUUGCCAAAACUAAAGAAGAGGCCAAGCAGAAGACAGUGGAACUGAAAGACGGGAAAGUCACUGAUGUGUUCAUCAAGAGAAAGGGGAGCAAGUUCUUGAGGUUUGCGCCAGUGUCGUCACAUCAGAAGGUCAUGUUUUAUGUUCAUUCAUGCUUGGAUGCCAUACAAAUCCAGGUUAGGAGAGAUGGCAAACUUCUGCUUUCUCAGAACGUGGAGGGUGUAAGGCAGUUCCAGCUUAGGGGGAAAGCCAAGGCUAAGUACCUCAUUCGACUGAGAGGCAGCAGGAAAGGUGCAUCAAUGCUGAAAAUACUAGCCACCACGAGGCCCAACAAACAGCCAUUUCCAUCUCUCCCGGAGGAUACCCGCAUUAAAGCCUUUGACAAACUGCGCACAUGCACCUCUGCAACUGUAGCAUGGCUGGGCACACAGGAAAGGAAUAAGUUCUGCAUUUACAAAAAAGAAGUGCAUGACAAUUACAAUGAAGAGCAGAGGAAAAGAGAGCAGAAUCAGUGCAUGGGCCCAGAGACCAGGAAGAAGUCUGAAAAAGUCCUCUGCAAAUACUUUCAUAGUCAGAAUCUACAGAAAGCUGUCACUACAGAAACGAUAAAGGGCCUUGAGCCUGGAAAAUCCUACCUACUGGAUGUUUAUGUUGUGGGGCACGGAGGGCAUUCUGUCAAGUAUCAGAGCAAACUGGUGAAAACAAGGAAGUUUUGUUAAUGACUAUUUAAAAAAAAAGUUUAUUUAACUCAAAAUGAUAUUCUACUAAAGAGUGUAUACAGACUGACUACUUACACAGCUGAGAAGCUGUGACAGUAUUUGAACUGUUUAGAAAGAUAUCCGCUUGUAUAUUUGUGUUUACAUUAUUCAGUGUUCGUUUGGACAACCUGUGCGUGGUGCUUCCAGACAGCAUAUGGAAUUUGCGUUAAGAUUGGGCCCAUGUCUGAGUAUCCCAAGAGGAACAAAGAUUCAAGGCAGGAGAUUUCUCACCGACUUGGUUUCUUCAUUACUGCAUGAAUUGCAUUAAGUCAUACAGUAGAACUAAGCACUGCAGAGACAACUUGUAUAAAGCUGACUGCCUUGUUAUGCAUUCAGUACAUAUAACCGUAGAGGAAAAUUAAAUUAUUUUAUACAUUUCUGCCUUUGUUAUUAUAAUAAUUUUAAAAAUACUGUAAAUCUAUUAAAGUCAUUGACAUUCA